AUGAAAAGAAAAGGAGAAAUCAUUGUGAAAGGGAAUUCUGGUGCUAAUGAAAACUUCUCACCACAUACAACAAUGAAAAAAGAAAAUGUAACAAGAGAUCAUGAAUCCACAAGUCAUGUGGAUGAACAAUUAAUAGAACAAGAUGAUAUUAAUGAUGUUGUAAAACAAGCAAUAAACAACAACAAUCUUGGCUCUACUAUUUUCAUUAACGCAAAUCAACAAUACCUUACUUGGGCUACCCUGCAUUAA